GCGUUGCAUUGUGGGGGGAACGCACAGCUCCGGACCGUCGCCAUAUUUGCUCGGCUUGUAGUCGCUUUAGGCUCAAACACGAAAACAAACAAAACCAACAGAAGCGAAGAAACGAGCCAGAAACCGAGCACCGGCCCCGGUGCCCAGCUUUAACGGCUCAGACAGCGGCAGAGGCAGACAAGGCGGCUCGUGUCGGAGUGAUGGGGCGCUCGCGGAGCCGCAGCUCCUCGCGCUCGAAGCACCCGAAGAGCGGCAAGCGAAGCAAGAAGCGCGCGCGGAGCGGCGGGGCAGGCAGCUCGCGGUCGCGCUCCCGCUCCCGGGACCGCGAGCGCAGCAAGAAGCGGUCUCGGUCCCGAGAAGCCAAACGGAGCCGCCGCAAAGAAUCGCGCUCCCGGUCUCGGUCGCGGUCCCGGUCCAACAACACGGCGGUGGCGGCGGCCUCGCGGCGGGAGAGAGAGCGGGAGCGGGAGAAGAGCUCUCCGCCAGAGAGAGUGGACAUGUUCGGGCGGACGCUCAGCAAACGGGCCGCCGUGGACGAGAAGCAGAGGAAGGAGGAGGAGGAGAGGAAGGCGGAGAUGGAGAGACAGAGGAAGAUACGGCAGCAGGAGAUCGAGGAGCGGCUGAUUGAGGAGGAGACAGCACGGCGGGUGGAGGAGAUGGUGGCCCGGCGUGUAGAGGAGGAGCUGGAGAAGCGGAGAGACGAGAUCGAGCGGGAGGUACUGCGACGCGUGGAGGAGGCCAAACGCAUCAUGGAGGCUCAGCUGCUGCAGGAGCUGGAGAGGCAGAGGCAAGCUGAGCUCAGCGCGCAGAAAGCCCGAGAGGAAGAAGAAAAAUCCAAAAGGGAGGAACUGGAGAAAAUUUUGGAAGAAAACAACAGAAAGAUCGCUGAAGCUCAGGCUAAACUGGCAGAGGAUCAGCUGCGUAUAGUGGAGGAGCAGCGAAAGAUCCAUGAGGAGCGUAUGAAACUCGAGCAGGAGAGGCAGAAACAGCAAAAGGAAGAGCAGAAGAUGAUUCUGGGGAAGGGCAAGUCCCGACCUCGCCUCUCCUUCGCACUCAAAGCAACGGACUGAUCAUCCUCUCCUCUCUUCUCCCCUCCUCUUUUCUCCUCUCCUCUCCAUUGCUACCCUCUCCUUCUGGACGAAAACUUCAUUUUGAAGCGAAUCUCUGGGAGUCUUAUGAGAAUCCAGCUCUGGCAGUCUCUCCUCCGGGGUUCGGAAAAACUCUGCUCCCUUCCCAAACCCUCGGUUGAGGAAGUUUUGCCAUGCUGAACUUUGCUGCCACCUCCACGGACUGGCUGGUUCUUUCAGUUUUAGCAACUUUUUUUUAUGUUACGUUCUGCCACAGCUGUAUAGGAAGCUUUUCCCUCCCGACAUUUCGGGGCCAUCCGCUUUGUUUUUAUCGAAAGGCAAUAGCGAAGAGAACAGUGGGCUUGUGUGUAUGUGUGCGGGCAGGAGUGUGUGCGUGCGCGCUUGUACUAAAGCCUUAGAAAGCCUUGCGUAAGGUGUUUGGGAGCUCCCUUGUUUUUGGUUUAGACUUGAGCACAGUUUGUUCCAAUUACACAACUUUAAUCCAUCCAUCCGUUUAUUUCCGCAAGGGGGAGUGAAACGUUGAGGAAGCGGGGUUGGGAGAUUAUUUGAAAUGAAAUAUGAGGUAUGUGUGCAUUGGUGAGGGGUGGGAGGGGGGAUAUCAGUUUUGCGGGCACCUUAAACCAAGGAGAGCUCCUGAAUGACCCGUGCUGCUUCAUCCAUUUGUUUCCUGCAAAUCGUGAUCAUUGAAACGUCCUGUUUUACGUUACUUUUGACAUCGUUCACUCACCACUGUAACGAUCCCGCAGCAUAUAGGAAGAUGCGUGUAAGGGAGACUUUUUAUUCAACAGUUUCAUUUGAACUGUUUGCUUAGACAGCAUGGGUGAAUGGUGUGGGUUGUGUGGACGUCUGCUGAACUGUUUUGGUUCAUAAAGGAAAUCGGAAGACACAGGUAAGAUUGCUUAGGGUGUGUGUGUGCGCGUGUGUGUGUUAGUUAGGUGGUAUCAUAUCGUGGUUAACUCCUCCUUGUCUUGUAAAGUGGAACUGAGCCGUUCAUUAAUAAAUCCUUUGACUAUGA